GAGGCAGAAGAAGACAAUAACUAUCUUCUUCCAAAUAAAAAAAAAAAAAGAAAAAGGAAGGAGAUAGGAAAGGGUUAAUUGAAUCCAAAAAAAGAAGAGAAAAACAAAAUGGGCAGGGUUUCGACUUCAAUGAUAGCAUUGUUGCUUUGCCUGAUGACAUCAUCGGUUCGGGGCGAGGACCCUUACAUUUACUACACAUGGAACGUGACCUACGGCACCAUUGCCCCAUUGGGUGUCCCCCAACAGGGUAUCCUCAUCAAUGGUCAGUUUCCCGGCCCCGAAAUCAACUCCACCAGCAACAACAACGUGGUCAUCAAUGUCUUCAACAACCUCGACGAGCCUCUCUUGUUCACAUGGCAUGGUGUCCAACAGAGGAAGAACUCUUGGCAAGAUGGCACAUUGGGUGCCCAGUGCCCUAUCGCCCCAGGCACCAACUACACCUACCGCUUUCAGGUUAAGGAUCAAAUUGGAACUUACUUCUACUACCCGACCACCGGCUUGCAACGCGCAGUGGGUGGCUUCGGGGGUUUAAGGAUCUUCAGCCGUCUGUUGAUCCCAGUGCCCUAUGCUGAUCCCGCCGAUGAGUACUGGGUGCUCAUCGGUGACUGGUUCGGCAAGAGCCACACUGCCUUGAAACAAACAUUGGACAGCGGACGCAGCAUUGGCAGGCCCAGUGGGGUCCACAUCAACGGCAAGAACGGCGGGCUCGAGGCCCUCUACACCAUGGAGCCCGGAAAGACCUAUAAGUACAGAAUCUGCAACGUUGGGCUCAAGGAAGCCCUCAACUUCAGGAUCCAGGGCCACCCCAUGAAGCUCGUUGAGACCGAAGGCUCCCACGUUGUUCAAAACACCUAUGACUCCCUCGACGUCCACGUCGGACAGUGCUUCACCGUCCUCGUUACCGCCGACCAGGAGCCCAGGGACUACUUCAUGGUCGCCUCCACGCGCUUCACGAAGAAGGUUAUAACUGCCACGCGCGUGAUUCGUUACUCGAAUGGCGUCGGGCCCGCAUCCCCUCUUCUUCCCCCUGCACCCCACCAAGGCUGGGCCUGGUCUCUUAACCAGUUCCGCUCCUUCCGUUGGAACCUUACCGCCAGCGCUGCAAGGCCCAACCCUCAGGGCUCAUACCACUACGGUCAGAUUAACAUCACCCGCACCAUCAAGUUGGUCGGCACCCGAAGCAAGAUCGGCGGCAAGCUCCGUUACGCACUCAACGGUGUCUCCCACGUCGACCCCGAAACCCCUCUCAAGCUCGCCGAGUACUAUGGUGUCGCCGACAAGGUCUUCAAGUACAACCUCAUCUCUGACGCCCCAGACGCCGCCAUCGCCUCCCGCGACCCCAUCAUCGCCCCCAACGUCAUCAACGCCACCUUCCGCAACUUCAUCGAAGUCAUCCUCGAGAACCCCACCAAGGUCACCCAGUCCUACAACCUUGAUGGCUACUCUUUCUUUGCCGUCGCGGUUGAGCCGGGGCAGUGGAGCCCAGAGAAGAGGAAGUGCUACAACCUUCUUGAUGCUGUCAGCAGGCACACCAUCCAGGUGUUCCCAAAGUCUUGGGCCGCAAUCAUGUUGACUUUUGACAACGCUGGAAUGUGGAACUUGAGGUCGGAGAUGGCAGAGAAUCGUUACCUGGGACAGCAAUUGUACGUGAGUGUCUUGUCUCCCAACAGGUCCCUUAGGGAUGAGUACAACCUCCCAGAGACCCAGCUUGUCUGCGGAAUCGUCAAGGAUAUGCCUAAGCCACCACCUUACUCCAGUUAAGAGAUUUUUCUUCUGCGAUCAUCAUCAGUGCCACCACGUCGUAGCUCCAAAAUUGUUCCAUCAUGAGAUUGAGACGAGGGGUUAAUUAAUUAGCUCUAGUUCAUUUCUCAUGUUUCUUGCGUGGUCACUGAUGUACAACCCUUUCCUAUUCAUUUUCUAUAUCAACAUCACAUAAAUAUAUAUAUGAAAGUCUCCUUCCUUUUCCUAUA